AAAAUAUCAGCAAACGAACAAGUAAAUAUAAGUAAAAUAUGAAAUUUAUAACAACAGGUUAAGUUUACGAUUGAUUAAUUUACUAAUUAUUAACUAAAAAUGUCCAUCGUCCCCAUCGUAACAUCUUAUAAGAAAACUAGAGGGCAGACUUGUCAAUUCAAAUGGACAGCAAUACUCCCAAAGGAGUCUGGCAACUGGCAACGGCGGAUAUUCCGUGGAGGUGGAGCAAAUACAUUUGCCAAUUUUAUUUUCCUUCUUCCGAUUAAUUAAUCCACAGAGGCUAGAAAAGUUAGAAAAAGAAAGGUACAAAUUUGUGAAUUGAACGGUCAAGAAGAGCAAAGGGGAUGGCGCAGUUUACAACUCACGGUCGCUUAAAGACGCCGUUUAAUGGUGAGGGAUUCUCAGUUCCUUUGGAGCAGAAGGACCCGUUUCACUUCAAGUUCAGAUCGAUUCAGAGCCGCGAGCUGAAGGUUAGGCGUAUAAGUUCUUUUUCAUUAUACCCGAGUAGGAAAAGGAACCGUUGCAAUGCGGAGGCACUCGCCGGUCCCACUUCUAGCAAUGGCAGUGUUCAUGAUGAUGAUUAUCCUGAUCAUGAUGAUUACGAGUUUGAGAACGAUAGCUUAGUUUCUUUCAGAGGCCUGGUGUUGGAUGUAUCGUACAGGCCAGUUAAUGUUGUAGGCUGGAAACGUGCUAUAUGUUUGGAGUUUAUGGAGAAGGCUGAUGUACUUGAGUAUUAUGAUCAGACUGUGAACUCCCCAAGUGGAUCUUUCUUUAUACCAGCCGUCUUAAGGGUUCCUAAUCUACUCCAGGUUGUCAAAAGAAGAGUUGUCAAAAGCAAUCUUAAUAAGAAGAAUAUACUAUAUCGGGACUACUACACUUGUCAGUAUUGCUCUUCACGUGAGAAUUUGACCAUUGACCAUGUUGUGCCCGCUUCACUGGGUGGAGAAUGGAAAUGGGAAAAUCUAGUUACUGCUUGUGCCAAAUGCAACUCGAGGAAAGGUCAAAAAACUUUGGAGGAAGCAAAAAUGAAGCUGAUUAAGGCUCCCAAGGUAUUGUUUAAGUCAUGCACCAAGGACUAUGACAUACAUGCCAUACCCCUAACCAGUGCAGCACUAAGAAUGUUGACGGUAAGAAAGGGAACACCUGAAGCAUGGCUUCAGUAUCUAUCAAGGUCGUUUUAAGAACCAAUCACUUGCCCCUAGUAUGUCGUGCACAGCAAAUUUAUCCUGCGCCAUCAGGGAAGAAAGAUAAUUUAGGCUAACUUAAAAUAUUCAUUGUAAUGAGUGCUCUCGCAUUUCUUGUAUUGUGUAAAAUGCAUGGAUAAUAAUUUCAUGCGCACUGUUGUAAUAUACUAAACUGAUGCACGAGACCGAUAAAUUGAAGUCUUUCCACUUCAAGUUGGAUUUAUUAUUCCCCCUUUCCUAUCAUGUUGCUUGACUCUUGGGUUAUUUACCUUCCUUUGAGGUU